AUGGCUAAGUUAACUCCACCAACAUUUCCUCUUUUCUUUACAACUCGAUGUACCAGUGGAGUGAAUGAGACUCAUGUGUUCAUCAGUUCUGGGGAAAAUGUCUGUCUGCCCUGUAAUAAUCAUCUUCAUGACUGUACAUCGACUACAUGGAUCUAUAGCAGACAUUCAGCAGCAGUUGAACUGAUUGGUUUAGGGAUAAAGAAGAAAAACAAUGAGAGACUGAGUCUGGGGUCUGACUGCUCUCUGAACAUCACGAACGUCAUAAAAGAAGAUUCUGGAUUUUACAUCUGCCAACAAUGGACAGAUGCGAAUGGACGACACCAAAAACAAGCAAAUGAUACACGUGUUUAUCUGCAUGUUCUUCAUGUCUCUUCAUCAUCCUCACAGACUGAGAUCAGUGCAGGCAGCUCUGUGACUCUCUCCUGUCAGUUGUAUUCAUAUUCAUAUUCAUAUUCAUAUACUGGAGUCUCUUGUGAUGAUUGGAUCCGUUCUGAGGGAAUUCAGCUGUUCUGGGUGAAUCAGGCUGGUGUUAAACUGACAAUAUCAGACUCCAGAUAUCAGAUAUCAGCUCCAGGACACUGUAUCAUCACUCUGACUACAACACUCCUGAAUGAAGAUGACAACAGAGAGUGGAGAUGUGAAGUUACUCACAGAAAUCAAGUCAAGACCUCAGUCACAUAUACUGUCAAGAGUUCAGCACAAACUGAAGACAGUUGGACUGCUGGAUCAUUAUUCAGAGUGAUUGUGAUUAUUGUUGAGUUUGCAGUGUUUGCUGCUCCUACUGUGAUUCUUCUUCAGAUCAUCUGUGCAAGAAGAGCUG